AUGAUCUUCUUGAGACCAGUGAGCCUUUGGCAUUGCUGGGACGCCGUCAUCGUUGUGCUGGUGCUUUGCAGUCUCGUUACUCACGCAUGGGAGACCAAGGAUCAAGCUCUGUCACAAGCGGUGAAGCUGGUGUCUGGCUCUGAAAACUUCGGCGUAUCCGCCCUGUCCACCACAUACCCAUUCGAUCAUCCCAUUGCCGACCUAGCAGGGCACGUCAUUACGGGACCGGAGUACUUUGCGCCAUGUGCGGCUACAGGUUCGCUGCUGUACCUCGGUCUGACGAUAUCGCAGACGUGGAGGAACGUCCUCAAUAGCAAGACCAAGAAUGCGACGGCGAGCAUCGUUUCCGACAUUGAUCCUGCUGUUCCAGAUCCGCGCCAUACCUCGAAGCACCAUCCCGAUCAGUGGCAGGGGCAUCGACCCUCAUGGCGACGGGGCAUGCCUUCCAAGGCGCGAGUCACUCUGUUCGGUCACUUCGACGUGCUCAACGGCACCCAAUAUCCACAUCUUGCCGACAAGGCUUUGCGCUGCUACCUCGACCACCAUCCUGACGCGAGUCACUGGGCGCCGAAUGCCACCGAAUCGCCGCAUAUCCCCUUCUGGGCCACUUUCAACGUCGAUAAGGUCUACUGGGUCGGCGGAUUUGGAGACGAGCACUACAUCGGCUGGUUCACGGGCGAAGAGUGGAACGCAGUCUGGAAGGAUCAGCACGUCCGCGCUCAGAAUCCUUUCGCGCACAAAGAAGGUGCCGCAUCAUCAGCUGGCAGCACGUCACAGGUGGAAGAAUCGCUCGAGGAGGAAGACCGUCCAUUGCUUGCGUUCCAAUGA